AUGAAUCGAUACUAUUCAGAUUCGGAUGAUGCAUAUUAUGUUACUCGUCCACAAUCGGAUAAUAUACAUGCAUCUGGUUGGCAAUCACCAUUACCAACAACUGAUGGAAUAUCAUCACCAUCAUCAUCAAUAACACGUAUUGUUGUUGAAUGUCCAUUUGGAUCAAAAAAAUGUAAUUAUUCAAUUGAUAAAUCACAACGUGGUCGUUUAAUUGUUACUGUACGUCGUCGACAUACAUUUAAAUCUGAUUAUUUUUCAUUAAAUAAUAAAAAUAAUAUAGCUAUUCAAACAUUUACUAUUCCAUAUGAUGCUGAUAUUGAUCAUUUAAAAUCUUAUGUUGAACGAUAUACAAAUCGUUUAAUUAUUGAAAUUCCUCGUUUAUCUUCAUCAUAUAUAAAUAAUAAUCAUACAUAUAGACAUUUAAUUCAUUCACCUAAUAUAUUAACAUCAUCAAUAGGUGCUUCUCAAUUAAUAUAUGAUGAUAUUAAACCUAAUAGAAAAUUUUUUCAUAAUAAUGAAAAAUUAGAAUAUCUUAUUGAUUGUCAUGGUUAUACAGCUGAUGAACUUGAUGUAUUUAUUCAAGAUCAAAAUUUAAUUGUUCAUGGUCAAACUAAACAAAUAAGAUCAGAUGAUCCAACACAAGAAAAUAUAUUAAAAAAAUUUUCACGUAAAAUUUCAUUACCAUAUACAGUUGAUUUAUCAAAAGUUAUAUCAUAUUUAAAAAAUGGUCAAUUACGAAUUGAAGCACCACUUAAACGUGAAUUUUAUUCUAAUAAUACUGAAAUUCUUUUACCUGAAUCUCAAUUAACAACAAUACCAAAUAGAACAUUUGUUGAAUAUAAUCGAAUUCAAUCACCUAUUUCAAGUAAUCGACAACAUGAAUAUGUAAAUCAUCGUCGAAAAUAUGAUCGUAAUAAUAUUCAUCGACCAUCAAGUCCAAUGCGACGAGUAUAUUCAACUGAAUAUCUUAAUUAUCCACUUUAUAGAUCAUCGGAAGAUAUGAAUAAUGAUGGUGAUGAUGAAGAUGAUUCAAGACAAGGUCAACAUCGACAAACAGUUAAUUAUGAACGUUAUAUUACACGUCGACAUGGUACAAGACAACCACCAAUAUAUAGAUCUACAUAUUCACCAACAAAUCAUAUUGUUAGAACUACAACACAUCGUAAUUAUCCAAUGGAUGAAAAUAUGUAUUAUAGGUAUUAA